ACGGCUGCAUCAGCCAAUGGCCGCCCCACCUAGAGCUCUGUGUUAGCCAGGGUCCUGUGUUGUGGCCGGAUUGUGGAAGAUGAGAGUGUUGUUAAGUAGCCGGGCGCUGCGGGCGACUGUUCUAAAUAAGAUUUGUGUCUGUCAGAGGGUCUACUCUUCCUCCCAGGCAGCUGUUGAAUGUAUAGCACCCCUCUUCCAAACUGUGCCAGAAACUCCACAGCCUAUAACGACCAAGAUCUCAGGUACCAUCCCAGCAUGGAUCAGGGGCAGUCUGCUGCGGAAUGGACCUGGCAGAUUUGAAUUUGGCAAUGACAAGUACAAUCAUUGGUUUGAUGGCAUGGCUCUCCUGCACAGGUUCAAUAUUCAGAAUGGCUCCGUCACCUACAUGAGCAAGUUCCUGCAAAGUGAUUCUUAUACAAAGAAUAAGAAAGAGAACCGGAUUGUAGUCUCGGAGUUUGGCACCUUGGCGAUGCCAGACCCUUGCAUGUCUCUGUUUGACCGCUUUAAAUCUAAAUUUAAAAUGACAUCCACUGACAAUUGCAGUGUUAAUUAUGUGCUAUAUAAAGGUGACUAUUAUGUCAGCACUGAAACCAAUUAUAUGAUUAAAGUGGAUCCUGAAACCUUGAAUACUCUGGAAAAGGUGAACUGGAGCAAGUUUGUUGCAGUGAAUGGUGCUACAGCACAUCCGCAUUAUGACCCUGAUGGGACUGUGUAUAAUAUGGGAAAUUCUUAUGGAAAAGAUGGAAUACGCUACAAUAUUAUCAGAGUUCCCACUCAGACAUCCAGUUCCGGGGAGUCUCUAGAGGGAGCACAAGUUGUAUGUUCCAUAGAACCAGAGAAAAAAAUGAAACCUGCCUAUUAUCACAGCUUUGGAAUGAGUGAGAAUUAUGUGGUCUUUGUGGAGCAGCCUCUGAGACUGAAUAUAAUGAAGAUACUGUUAAGCCAAAUACAAGGGAAAUCCUUUUCAGGAAUCAUGAGCUGGGAGCCCGAGCUGGACACUGUGUUCCAUGUAGUUAAUAAGCACUCAGGAGAGAAACACCCUGUGACUUUCCACACGAAGGCUUUUUCAACCUUCCAUCAAAUUAAUGCAUUUGAGGACCAAGGGUGCAUUGUACUGGACCUCUGCUGCCAGGAUGAUGGGGGAGCUGUUGAACUGUUUGAGUUACAGAACCUUCGAAAAUCUGGACAUGCUCUGAAUGAGAUCUACAAACAAGUGGCAAAAGCUUAUCCACGGAGGUUUGUUCUGCCCCUAGACAUUAAGGCUAAAGAAGAUGUGGUCACCCAGCCUCUAAACUACACAACUGCUACUGCUGCUAAGAAAGCUGAUGGAAAGGUGUGGUGCUCACAUGAAAACCUCCAUGACCACACAUUGGACUUGUUGGGCUUAGAGUUUCCACAAAUAAAUUAUGCAAAAUACAACACAAAGAAAUACCGUUUCUUGUAUGGUUGUGGCUUCCAGCACCUGGUUGGUGAUUCUCUGAUUAAACUGGAUGUGGAAACAAAGAAAGCAAAGAUUUGGAAAGAAGAAGGGUUUUACCCAUCAGAGCCUAUAUUUGUGCCUUACCCAAAUUCUGUUGAGGAGGACGAUGGUGUGCUUCUUUCUGCCGUUCUGACGCCCGAUCAGAAUAAAAGCACUUUCCUUGUAAUCCUGGAUGCUAAAGAUUUUACAGAAAUGGCAAGAGCUGAAGUACCUGUACAAAUACCUUAUGGUUUUCAUGGUAUGUUUGUACCUCAGAGCACCUAAAUGUAGAUGUCAAGAGGAUAUGAUGAAUGUUUAACACCGUGCAAAAUACCCAAUAAUAAUGUGAUUUUUAUAUACUUGAAUAAACAUUUCCUUUUUGUGUCA